CAACUAAUCUACCAGACUGAGAGCUUCUAUCACUCUCACUGAGUAUCGAAAGACAGUGCUGAAACUCUUUGGGGGAAACAGUUAACAAUGCCAGAGCCCACGAAGAAAUCUGGGUCUGCUUUUACAAAGAAACCGAAAAGUCUACAAGUAUGUGCUGGCAGCACAGCAGAAUUUACAGCAGAGACUGCCAAACCAGAGUUCAAGGUGAAAUGGCAAAAAGAUGGCAAGGACAUCCAAGCCAGUAACAAAUAUAUCAUUAAACAAGAUCAGACCCUGCACACACUGAUCAUCAAUGAUGCUAGCAAGGAAGACGACGUGGUCUAUUCUGUGAUCAGCGGGACGUCCAAAGUCAAAUUUGAGAUGAAGAUUAAGGGCCAAGAUGGAAAAGAUGAGAAACCUGGCUCUAAACCAGAAGCUGCAGAAAAUAAUGAAAGUGUUCCUGCGAGUUCACCAUCCCCAGAGCCAGUAGGAGAGCUAAAGGAUGAAGCACCUGUUAGUGCCCCUGAAAAGAAGGAAGAUGAAAUCGUUACUGUUAUAACCCCACCACCCGCUGAAGAUAAAGAGGAUGAUCUUGCGACAAGCUCCCCAUCACCCCAGCCUCCGUCAGAUGACACCAGUGAUGUUCAAAAGCAUAUUGAAAUUCCUAACGAUAGCCUUCCUGAGUCAGCUAAGGGAAGAAAAGACUCAGUGUGGUCUCUUGGAGAAGCUCCCCCGGAUGACAUUGACAAACCCGAGGACACGCCACGCUCCACCCUGUUGAUUGAGAAGCCUCAGAGUGGCUCAGUGACUGUUGGUGGAGACAUUACUUUCAUAGCUAAAGUUGAAGCAAAAGACCUGCUUAGGAAACCUACCAUCAAGUGGUUUAAAGGUAAAUGGAUGGACCUUGCCAGCAAAACAGGGAAGCAUCUCCAGCUGAAAGAAACAUUUGACCGUUUAACAAAGGUGCACACAUUUGAGAUGAGCAUUAUCAAAGCCAAGGACAACUAUGCUGGGAAUUAUCGUUGUGAAGUAACUUACAAGGAUAAGUUUGAUAGCUGCUCUUUUGACCUGGAGGUAAAAGAGGUUCCGGAAGUUUUACCUUCUAUUGACAUCCGAUCAGCCUUUAAAAGAAGCGGAGAAGGACAAGACGAUGCAGGAGAGCUUGACUUUAGUGGUCUCCUUAAGCAUAGAGCGAACAGGGAGAUUAAGCAAGAGGAGACUGUACCGGAGGAAGAUGUGUGGGAGAUACUUAAGAACGCACCACCACAAGAGUUUGAAAGGAUAGCUUUUGAAUAUGGUAUCACUGACUUGAGGGGCAUGCUGAGAAGACUGAAGCGCAUGAAACGAGAGGAGAAGAAGAGUGAAGCCUUUUCCAAGAAGUUGGAAUCUGCUUACCAAGCUGACAAAGGAGGGAAAAUAAAGUUUGUAGUAGAACUGGCAGACCCUACAGUGGAACUGAAAUGGUAUAAGAAUGGUCAGGAGAUCCGUCCCACCCCAAAUCAGAAAAAGUACAUUUUUGAGCACAAGGGCACCCAGCGCAUUUUGGUCAUCAAUAACUGUACCAUGGCAGAUGAUGCAGCGUAUCAAGUGAUGGCCGGGGAUGAGAAAUGUUCUACAGAACUGUUUGUAAAAGAGUUACCAGUUACAAUUAAAAAGGAACUGGAAGCUGUGAAAACGACAGUUAAUGAAAGAAUUGAGCUUGAAUGUGAAGUGUCAGAAGAAGGGGCUAAUGUUAAAUGGUUUAAGAAUGGAGUGGAGAUCCCCAGAGAAAUUCGCUCCAGGUUCAGGUUUAAGAGUGACGGCAUGAAGCACACAUUGGUGAUUGAGGACGCCAAGAAAGAAGACACUGCAGUCUACUCAGCGAUGACUACAGGAGGGAAGUCGGAAGCCCAUGUACAAGUAGACCUUAAACCCCUGAAGAUUCUGCAGGAUCUGACUGACCAAACAGUGAGACUCGGAAAAUCUCUCGUCCUGCACUGUGAAAUAAAUCCAGCCAACGUACCUGGAAGAUGGUACAAAAACGCACAGCUAAUCCCAGGCACUGAUCGUGUGAAGAUCACCCACAGAGGAAGUUCACACAAACUAGAAAUAGAGAAUGCAGGAGUUGAUGACAUGGGGGACUAUACCUUUGUACCAGAGGGGUAUUCAGUGAGCCUGAAUGGUAAAGUCCAUGUGACUGAUCCUCCAAAAAUUCACCUUGAUAGUCUUAACUACCCAGAAAACACUGUGACAGUUCAAGCAGGGAACAAACUUCGGCUGGAUAUUCCUGUUACAGGACAGCCUGCUCCGAGGGUUGUCUGGAUGAAAGGCGAGAGGGUGAUCCUUGACACUGGUAGUAGAGUACGGGCUGAAUCUUUCCCAGAUCACAGCACAUUUACUAUAGAUGUAGCUGAAAGGGAGGACACUGGGACGUAUAAAAUUGUGUUGCAGAACGAAGCUGGUGAAGACUCUGCUCAGCUCAAAAUAAAGGUAGUAGACAUCCCUGACCCUCCACAAGCACCUAUUGUAACUGAGGUUGGUGGAGACUGGUGUUCAAUGAUUUGGGAAACCCCAUUGUAUGAUGGUGGUUCACCAAUUUUAGGAUAUUUCAUUGAGAGAAAGAAAAAGCAAAGUUCCAGAUGGAUGAGACUGAAUUUUGAUGUUUGCAAAGAGAAGGCUUUUGAACCAAAGAAGAUGAUCGAAGGCGUGCCUUAUGAAGUUCGUGUUUUUGCAGUGAAUGCCAUUGGCAUUUCCAAACCAAGUGAGCCCUCAAAGGCAUUUGUACCACUUGCUGUAACUAGUGAACCAUCACUGCUAGUAGUGGACGAGGUCACUGACUCUACAGUGACAAUGAAAUGGCGACCUCCAGAGCAUAUUGGAGCUGCAGGCCUAGAUGGCUAUGUCAUAGAGUAUUGCUUUGAAGGAAAGGAUGAAUGGAUAGUGUCCAAUCAAGAGUUGACUGAGAAGACGAAAUAUACAAUCCAUGGUCUGCCAAGCGGGGAGAAGAUCUUUGUCAGGGUUAAAGCAAUAAACGCAGCAGGCGCCAGUGCACCCAGAAUGCAUCCACAUCCUAUUCUAGUGAAAGAAGUAAUUGAACAGCCCAAGAUUCGUAUCCCAAGGCAUCUUCAUCAAACUUACAUUCGGAGGGUUGGAGAAGUAGUCAAUCUUCUUGUACCUUUCCAGGGCAAGCCGAGGCCCAAGGUGAGCUGGAUGACGAAUGGCCAGCCCGUGGACCAGACUCAGGUUAACAUCCGCAACAGUGACACUGACAGCAUCCUAUUCAUCAGGAAAGCAGAUAGGAAUCACUCCGGGAAAUACGAGCUGACUGUGAAGGUGGAGAACUAUGAAGACAAAGCUACAAUAGAUAUACAAAUAGUUGACCGGCCUGGUCCACCUGAGAUUGUGAAAAUUAAGGACGUCUGGGGGGAGAAUGUUGCAUUGGAAUGGAUUCCCCCCAGAGACAAUGGCAAUGCAGAAAUCACUGGGUACACCAUUCAGAAAGCAGACAAGAAGACUAUGGAAUGGUUUACUGUAAUCGACCAUUACCACAGAAAAAGUAUUACAGUAUCUGAACUUGUCAUUGGGAACGAAUACUUUUUCCGGGUAUUUUCAGAGAACAUGUGCGGCCUUAGUGAGGAAGCUAGAGUGACUAAGGACAGCGCACUGAUUGUAAAGGAAGGUUCAAAUUACAAGAACCCAGACUACCAGGAAUAUGAUUUUACCGAGCCCCCGAAAUUCACCCAUCCCCUAGUGACCACUAUAGCUGUGGCAGGGUACAACGCCACACUGAACUGCAGUGUCCGGGCUAAUCCCAGGCCCAAAGUGAUAUGGAUGAAGAACAAGAUAGUCAUCGACAACGACCCCCGCUACAGAAUGUUCAGUAACCAGGGGGUCUGCACCCUGGAGAUCCGGAAGCCUUGCCCCUUUGAUGGCGGCACGUACAGCUGCAAAGCCAUCAAUGACCUGGGUGAGGCGCAGGUAGAUUGCAAACUGGAGGUGAAAGGGGGGGUCACUUUUUAUGAGCUGCUGCAGAAGGGGGUGCCAUUAAACCUAAUUAGUAAGUUCCUGGACGAGAACAAAGGCUCUGAACCUCAGAAGGAGUGACUGCCUGCCGACUGCCACACAGCACCGAGAUCCUCCACCCCUGCUUUUAAGAGCUAGUCGCCAGUAUUUACCUGCUCCUUCUCCCGCACCACAGCGCCACGCAGAGGGUGUGGCAACAAAUGAGUGCUCUUCGUGAUGCAAACUUGGCAUGGAAUGAUGUAGACUGAACAUAUUAGAGACCAUAGCGCAGAGAUUUAUCAACUGCUGCUGCCCACUUUUGCCUGUCUAAUUCUGGUAUUUAUAGGCAAUACUAUGAUGCAUGACUCCUGGUGUUUUUGGCAAGUAGCUUGUUUUGGAACUAGAUUGAUACGGUAGUGUGGAAAAUAAGUGUGAUGAUGGGAAAGAGGCAAGUCGCCUGCAAUUUAAAUCUCUAAGAAACUAUGUUCAUAAGACGUGUACAUCAAUUAAUAAACAGUACAUAAAUAAGAAAUUAUGAAGUAACAACAAAAAAAGCUGUUUUCUUGUAUUACUGGUUUGGCUGCGUUCACACCAGAGAACUGUCUCCUGGGUAAUUAGAGAACAAUAGCCAUAACUGAUUUCAGGGGAACCAAGGUUAUAAAUAUAAUGCACACCUUGAAGUCAGUAUUUUCAAGAACAUGGUUAGAGUAGGAUUAUAGAAAAUACUGUAGGCAUGCAAAGAGUGGAAAAGACCCAGUGUUUCUUUUAGCAUCCACUGUAUGGUAUGUGUUAUAUAGGACUUCAUGGAGUUGGUUGCUUUUACUGUCUCCACCUUAGCUGUAUACUGCAGUUAUAAUGGACUCUGGAUUACAUUUUCUAAAAUCAUUGUUGCUAUAGCUACAAUCUAUAAUUGUCUCCACGCCAACUCUUGACAAUAAUAAGUGAGUGUGUGUGUGUGGGGGGGGGGGGGUCCAACAACUUUGUUAAUAUACACAUGUGCAGGGGCCUGACAAGUUAAUGAACAUCAUAUAUGUUGCAGUGGACUGUGAAUUCAUUAAAAAAUAACAUCACUGGCAUGCAUUUUACAAAAUGAGAAAACUGCUAUAGCUCCUUGAUGUAAGUCAACUUCAGUCAGGACAUGUGCUUCUCUAUCCAAGUUUGGACAAGUCAUAUUCACGAGGAUACAGGUUUUAAAAGUUAUAGUAUUCUGGAUAACAAACUGAAUGACUUCUCACGUUAAACCAGGUUGCUCAUAGUGGCCCUACACACCCUAUUCGUGGUGACAACUGUUUCAAAUGUGUGUCCCCCCCUUACAUGCUUUAUGUGUACAAUCUAUUCAGAGACUGAAAGGAUCCCUCUGGCAUUAGCACUUGAAUUCUCUUCACCUAGUCCUUGUAACACAUGCCUCAUAGUUUAUAUUUAGUAUCAGGAAAAUUUUUUGUAGAAACACUGGGCUAAUUCUGUAUAAUCUUGUACUGAAACAUGUUUAAUCAUCAUAAGGGUUGCGUGGCAUUUUGUUUAAAGAUGUUAUCAAAUUGUUUGCUUGCUUGCAUUGUCAUUAUUGUUCUUUGUGUUCUCCUGAUGCAUAUUUGUGAAAUAAGGUAGAUUUUAUGAACGUAAAUACAUAAAGUGCUGUAAUUGAUAAUUAACUUAAUUGACAAAAACAAUUGAUAAAUGUGACAUAUAACUAGCACAUUGUUACCCAAAGAAUGGUUGUGCGAUUGUGGAAAGUGGGUUGGAAAUGCAGUUACUGUUAACUAAAAUGUUGCAUUAUGUGAAACCAAGACAAUAAAAGAUCACAAUUAGUCAAAAA